UGCUGCUUUGCUGGAGAGGGUAGACUUGGGUGGGGGAGCAGAGACAAACUCUGCAGUUCUGGGGCUGUUAGGAGUCAGCGUGGGGCUGCAUGUCUUGAGCCAACAGCUCUCACUCAUCUUUCACGUACAGCCUGGACCAAAGGCUUGGAGAUUUGAUGUUUAAAUUAAAAAAACCUCUUACGAUAGACUUUACUUCUCAAGAUUCCUCUCCUUCCAUCCUGGAUGGACAGUCCCAGUGUGUAAGAAGAGAAAAAACUGAGAUGAUGUUGGUUUUAAGAGGAAUGCACGGAGUUGAUGUUAGAGUCAAGGACGAAAGGCAGAUCUGAAUCUUCACCUAGUCUCUAGCUGACAAAUGUGCUCUGAUGAGGGAUCAGUAGGCAGAUUCAGACAUCAGGACUGACUCAAAAAGGCAACAUGAAAGAAACUCGGAAACCACGUGCAGACGACAAAUUCUGCGGCAUUUCCAGGCUUACGUUAUUUCUGCUGGCGCUGUCACUUGCAUUUAUUGGUAAAACGAUGACUGGUGCUUACUUGAACAGCAUGUUCACACAGAUAGAGAAGCAAUUCAAUAUUCCUGCAUCUUUAGUGGGGAUCAUUAAUGGAAGCUUUGAAAUUGGUAACCUGCUGCUGAUAGCAUUUGUCAGUUACUUUGGAGGAAAGUUUCACAGACCCAAAGUAAUUGCUUUGGGCUGCACAGUUUUUGCAUUUGGCUGUUUUUUGACAUCAUUUCCUCAUUUCCUAUUUGGAAGGUAUCAUAUUGAAAGCAGCGUUUCACCACAGGAGAAUUCUUCAGUUGUGCCUCUGUGCCAUCUUAACCAAAGCUUGUUCUCUUUACCUACAGAGGAACCAUCAAAGGAGUGUGAGAAGGAGUCUGGGUCAUUGCUGUGGAUAUUUGUGAUGGUUGGAAACUUAAUACGAGGAAUGGGUGAAACUCCCAUCAUGCCUUUAGGCAUUUCGUAUUUGGAAGAUUUUGCCAAAACAGAGAAUUCACCUUUCUACCAGGGUUGUCUACAUACUGCAACAGUAAUUGGCCCCUUUCUUGGUUUCUUGUUGGCAUCAUUCUGUGCAAAACUGUUUGUUGAUCUGGAAUCUGUAGAUGCAGGGGAGCUAACUAUAACACCUACUGAUGUCCGCUGGGUUGGAGCGUGGUGGCUGGGCAUUUUGAUUUGUGGAUUAGUGAAUCUUCUUGCAGGACUGCCUUUUUGGUUUUUGCCCAGGUCACUUGUGAAGGAAGGGGAAACAAAUGAGUCUGAGACACAUAAAAAAGAAGGAGUACUAUUGGAAGAAAAUGAGCAAAAGGAAACCAAACAGACCAUGUAUGAAAUUGCUAAAGAUUUCUUCCCGUUCCUCAAGGCUUUACUUCGCAACCCAGUUUAUAUGUUAUUUAUACUUAUAAGUGUGCUACAGUUCAGCGCCUUCCUUGGCAUGAUAUCCUUCAUGCCUAAAUAUCUGGAACAGCAAUUUGGGAAAUCUGCAUCAGAUGCCAUCUUUUUAAUUGGUGUUUACAACAUACCAAUUAUAUGCCUUGGGUACUUUUUUGGAGGCUUAUUUAUGAAGAAAUUCAAGAUAAAUACCUACCAGGCUGCACAUAUAGCAUGUUGGGUAACUUUUCUGGAUUACCUUCUGUACUUUACUGCCUUUUGGACUAUCUGUGACACUUCACCAGUUGCUGGCCUAACGGUCUCCUAUGAAGGAAUAGAUCAAUUGUCAUAUGCAGAAAAUACUCUACUUGCUGACUGCAACAGAGAUUGUAAUUGCACACUUAAAGUGUGGGACCCAGUUUGUGCGAACAAUGGAAUCACUUAUGUGUCAUCUUGUCUGGCUGGGUGUAAGGCCUCAACAGGAACUGGAAAAAGUGUGGUAUUUGAAAAUUGCACCUGUGUUGCAGCCCCAGAAUUUCCAUUUCAAAAUGCCUCUGCAGUUCUGGGCCAAUGUGACAAAGGAAAAAACUGUGACAAGAUGCUUCAAUAUUUUUUAAUACUGCAAUUAGUUGGCAGCUUCAUUUUUUCCUUAGCAGCAAUGCCUGGGUUCAUGGUCUUAAUAAGGUCUCUAAAGCCUGAAGAAAAGUCAUUUGGAGUGGGUGUCCAUGAACUAGCUGCAAGAGUAUUUGCUGGAAUUCCAUCUCCCAUUUUUUUUGGAGCUUUGAUAGAUACCACAUGCAUGAAAUGGGGUACUAAGUCCUGUGGCGGAGAAGGAGCAUGUAGGAUAUACGACAUAGUCAAAUACAGGUGGAUCUACCUUGGCCUGCCAGCAUUGUUACGUGGACUGUCCUUUAUUCCAGGUUUAUUAACUCUCUUUAUUUUAAAGAAGCAACUUACAUCUGAAAGAAAUGUCUCAUUAAAUGCACCAGUAGAAUUGCAGGAUAAAGGACAAUAAGCGUUGAAGUAGCAUUUCAAAGCAGGAUAUAUUGUGAAAAAACAUCACAAUGUAAAUUUUGGACAUAUCUUUGUAAAAGAUUUCUUAUUUUAAUUAGUGAGCUUCUGGACAGAGAUUAAUAGAUUUUCACAAAGUUA